AUGAAAACAAGAAUAACCUACCUCCAACCCCCCUCCUCGUCUUUUGUUUCCUCCCAGGCCCAUCUCACCCCCCACGCCCUGCACAUCGAUGGCCUUGAUGCGGCGAAGGAGGAACGGAUCACGGUUGAUGUUGGGGAGGUUAGUGCUUUGGUAUGCACCACACUCAAACAAUUCCACGAGCUCCAUCUCCGAUGGGCUACGGAGGAGAGAUACGAGGCUGUCGAGCCGUGGGGGAGUCGUGUUAGUCCGGGUUUGCAUGGGGGGGUGAGGCUGGUUGAGGUUGAUGAGGAGGUAGAGAGUCAUGCCGUGUCUCCGCUCUGCGAUAUACUGAGAGAGGCGUUUGAUCGGGGGGUGUAUUGUGAGGGUAUUCUGAAAUCCCUCACCGCUCCCCCCACCCCCCUCUCCGAGUCCUCCGCCUCCUCCCCCUCCUCCCCCUCUACAACAACACACAACUACUACGCCCCCCUUCCAACCCACCAUGUCGUCGAGUUCAUCACGCAGCACAUUUGUCCGCUAGAGGUUGCAGGUGCAGACUGUCGCCGCCGCGCCGAGGCCGUGCAGUCCGCCGACUCGAUCGAUAUCGAUUACGAUGCCGAGUCGCAGGCCCUAGUAGUCUCCGCAUACUGGGGACGGUCACCGACGGAAAAUGGCUGGACGGAGGAGAUCGCUGCGCCGGGGGGGAAACACGAUCGCGUGGAGGUGGGGUUGCUUGGCACUGAGAAGGCCGUGGAGGCCGGGGAGAUUAAGAUGGGGGGGUUGUUGGGGGUCGUGGGGGUGGAUGGGGAGCUGAAACCGACGCUCUUCUCCUUCCCCUCCAGACAUCACGUCCUCGACCCGCAGGCCGACUUCUCCGUCUCCUUCGCCCCGCCCACAGGCAUGCAUCCCACCAUGACCAUCUCGCUGUCUGCCGCGGCGCUGGAGACCCCCCCGGCCCCGGCAUACGCGGAGUGUGCCCUGCACGCGUACCUCUCACUGCCGUCAUACAUAUUCGCAGAUAAAUUCCAACUCAUGACAGCUGACAACCUAUUCCUGGACUCGCACCACCUCUCCGGCCUACGGGCCGUAAGCGGGGCAACGGACCUGGAAGCGCCCGACUGGGUCGUAUCGCAAUGGGGCUCGAACUGGCUGCUCGAGCUGGCCACCCCAGAACCGACUCAAUUCCCAGAGGAGUGGAACGUCACCAUCCCGCUGCAUCUGCGCUACAUGCGGCCCUCCGAGACGGGGUAUCGCGGCGUGGACGUGCCGUGGCCCGUGGUCUUCUGGGCCUGUUCGGCCGACGACCCGGGGGUGAAUCCGUUCGAUCGAACCAACCUCGGCUGGGAUGCGCCGUUCAGUCCCCGCACCACGUUCUAUCAGGUGAACCCGAGCGCGAGCGGGGACAGGCUGGUUGAGGGGCUGGAUGUGCCGGUGCUGCAGUUGAAGGAAAGGGGGCUCUUUGGUAGCAAGACUGUCGAGUGGGGGACUGUCAUGGCAAUUUCGCUGGGGUUUCUGUGGGUGUUGUGGAGGUUGGUUGCAGGUGCGGGGACGCGGAGAGCUGAGGGGGAGAGGGAGAAGAAGGCGCAGUAG